AGCACUGUAGGGCUUUGGGGCAACAUUCAGGGCACCAUCCGCCAACCCACAUUACAUUGAUUAGUGUUUAUUUUGUGAUGACAAACUGUUUUUGGAUGUUUUCUUUCCUAUCGUGCAGGCUGAUUGCCACAUUUAGCAAAUGUGAAUUAUUGAUUAGGUUGAAACAAGUGAGAUAGAAAUAUGAAAUACGUGUAUAUUUUUAUUUUGUCAGAAGAUAAUAGAAUUAAGAAACAGAUGAUAAAAUAGAUGAGUGUUCAUUUUAAUUUUACAUUUGCAAUUGUAAGGUUUGAUUAACUUGGGUAUCUGUGUAAGUUAUUUCUAACAAUGCAAAUCAAACAGCGUAUCUGUAAUUCUCUGGAGACCGGAGUAUUAGAACGCGCCUAGUGCUUUCGCACAUUUUUGGUCUCUCUUUGCUUCCGUACAGAAGAGGAAAAACUCAAUCCAAGAUGGCGCUGCGCACGAUUUGUGCUGUGGCUUUUCGAAGUGGGACAGAAUUAGGGGUCAACAAUGCGAGGACAAUCACCACAACAGGUACUGUAAUCAUUUAUUAAAUUGUCUAAGAUUAUUAUUAAGAGACUCUCGUCUCGAGCUUCAGCAGUGUGUGUGCGGUGUGCAGAUCUCGCGCGCUGUUUGACAUUCAGCCCACAUACAAAUCUGUGACCAUUGACUAUUAUUAAAAGCAUAUGAUGAACUGAGUGGGAAGUAUAAUCCAAUUUACCUAUACGGUACCAGAUUCGGCUGUAGAACAUUUAAACAUAUCAGUGCUAGGGGCGUACUCAGGCACCCGUCGUAUGCCAUGAGGGACCACCACGCCAAAAAAAUGAUUUAUGAAGAUGUACCCUUUUCAUUCUUUUAAAUACCAUUUCGUAAACUCAUAGCUUUUCUAUCUCUUGUUGCACAGAAGGCAAAGGUAAGCUCUUUCAAAAGUGAGGGUGGACCGGUAAAAAAGUUUAAUCAGGAGCUGCUGCAGUGUUUUAACCCCUGAUAUUCAAGAAGGAUUUUAAUAACUUUCUGUCAAAAAAAGAGUCAUGUAAGAGGACACUUUUUAUGUUUGUAUAUUUGCUGUAAAAGUACCCAUAGAGCACUUUUUCUGUCACAUUGUAUCUACUCCAAGGGCAUCUAGUUUUGUUUUUAACCAUAGACUGUAGGACAGAGUCUGCCUCCUCGCUGGGUGAAGCCACUCCGAGAACAGCACCCUCUGAUGGUGGGCUGCAGUACAGGUCAUAAAUCCCGCCUCCGCCAGCAAAGCUUAUGGGACUGUGGACAAACUUUAGAAAUUUAUUACACAGAACAUAAAAUUUUCUCCCCCCUGUUUGUGAUGUUGACAUGUAGUUACUAUCCGACUGGUUUGUGCCCAAGUCCUUUUUUUCUGUACAGCUCCGUUUUUAAAAGUUAUUAGGGGGUUCAUGUUUUCUAUGAUUGACACCUGGUACGUACAGCCUAUGGGCGUUCAGGGAUUGCGUAGCUCUCCCGGGGGGAUACGCUGUUUGAGCCGAGUGUCAUCACAGGGACUCUCGGCGACUGCGCGGCCGAAUGCGCACAACGCUACUGCACAGCUCUGGUUUCAAGGAAGUGGAGAAAAACCCGGAUAUACCUAGAGCUUUUUGGCUUCAAAUCCGUAUACAGGCGGAAGGCGGAACCAGGUUGUCCAUCUUAUAUACAGUCUAUGUUUUUAACUCACUGGGAGAACGUCCAGAGGAGUGAUCGAGCAGUUACAGUUCAAUGGCUGAGACUGAUACUGAUUAUGAGGGAAUGGAUCAGCUGAUGGCUAAUAUAUAAUGCCAGUAUCACAAUUUAUAAUUUGUUUGGAUUUGACACAAUACAACAAAUAAAAAAAUGCUGAAAUAAAGUAAACAUUUGAUCAAACAAAUGCAAUAAUAUUUUGCUCAGUUCAGUUUUCUCACAGAGGACUUUUGGAUUCCUGAAGUUGUUUUUAAAAAUAUUUUUUAUAAGGUAAAUAUUGAAGUCUAAAAAUACAGCAUUGGACAAAUUCACAAUACCAUGCACAUCAAAAUCUAAAAUAAAUGGUUGUCUGACUUAGACAGUAACAUGUUUUAGAUGGUUUUCAAAUAUUAAUGGUUGUGCCACAGAUGUCUGAAAAUGCUAUAGAUAAACACAGUCAGUGGAGAUUUAUGAGAAGUACAAACUAACUGUUUCAAAUGUUUCCUGUAUAACAGCAUUCCUCUGCAGACGUAGACCUCCUCCGGGUCCAAUGCCAAAUGAAGACAUUAACUAUGAGGACCUGGAAUCGUUAACGAAGUACCGUAGCUACACUCGUUACCUAACAGAAGCUGAGAUAGCAAAGACAAAACCUGCCUGGUGGAAAACCUACAGAGGUUAUGUGGAAGCAGCUGAUCCUGAGCACGGUAAGGAAUAAAAGAGGGAGCCGGUGAAAGUGAUUGUGUGGCAGUGAGAGUUGGGUUCACAGUUUACAGGACUUGCACUUUGUUGCAGGUGUGGAGCGAGUUGACAUUGGACUGCCGUACUAUCGACCCUGCAGGACCAAAGAAGUCAGGGAAAGAAAGCAGGUGAUGAAGAAGAACAAGGCGAACACUGAAUUGGAGAGGGCUGCCCGACAGCGCACCUGUAAGUUCAAAUAUAUCUAUACUUAGAUUUUAAUAGUUGAGCUUUGAUGAACCACUAAAUCAAUUUUUCUUUUUGUCUCACCAGUGAAGAUCCCCCUCCAUCGAGUACAGGGGGCCUGGGAGAAAAGCAGCGGCCCCUUUCAAAUACAGAGACUGGCAGACCACUACGGCGUCUUCAGGGAUCUUUUUCCCAAGGCUUUUUUUCUACCGCAAGUUACGCUCCGCAUCAGCUAUGACCAGGACAACAGUCAUCAAGUGUUUCAUGGGAAUCGUCUGACACCCACAGAAGUAGAUCCAUUAAUGUCCUGUCUCAGUCAUGAGCUCUGAUUCAGUUCUGAAGCUUGGGGAAAUUUCCUACCUUUCCCUUAAGAUUUUUACUCUUUAGCUUCCUUUUAUAUGCUUACCUUCACCGUUUUAUUUACUUUGUCUCUGCUGUACUGUAUUUUACAGGCAGCACCUGUCCCUAAGGUCAGCUUUGAGGCAGAGGAGGGUUCCCUGUGGACUCUUCUGCUCACUUGUCCAGGUAAGCAUUAGCUGGAAGGAGGCUCAGAGGCCAAGUUCAGUAAGCACAAAGAUAUUUGAUUGGCAUAAACUUCUGUUUUUCACUUUUCUAGAUGAGCAUCUUCUGGACAAUGAGGCUGAAUACAUCCACUGGCUGGUGUGAGUACUUACAGAGUUACUCACUCGCUGAAAUAUGAAGGUCUUCCCUGAAAAAGUCAUUGGCCCUCAUUUAUCAAGCUUGUGCAGAUCUGAACGCAGAUCUGAGCGCAGGAUUCAUUGUACGAUAGGACACACGUGAGAUUUAUGAAAGGGUUCGUAUCUGACCAAUCCCAGCGUACGUAUGAUCGGGUCUUGAUAAAUGCGGCGGCUGAAAUCAAUCAUCAUUAACAUGUUUACUCCCUUAAAUAUUCGUGGUUCAGAAGCCUCGCCCACUGAGGUCAAACAUGAAAGAGGAGAUAUAUUAGAAUGAUGUGAAACUUUUCCGAGCUGAAAGUGGAUAUCCUCGUGUCUGUGGUGGAAACUAACAAGGAUUUGCUCUUUGAAAGCAUCAAAACUGGUAUAAAUGCAGUCCAGAAAACUUCUGCCUGGAGCAGGAUUUUGGUGGCGCUGAACAGCGCUGAUGCAGAAUAGUGGACCGUGGCUGAAGUUUGAAUCAAUCAUUAGUCAAUAAGUUGCUCAUGAUGAUAAAUUAAUAUCUCAUACAUGCCUCAUAUUUUUACGUUGCUCCUAUUAUGUAAAGUAUUUAGUUUUAACUUGUUGCGUCUUAGUAAUGUAGAGCAGAGUAGAGUCUGACAGAGGCUCAACAAAAAUAUUUAUUAACGUCACCAAAUGGUGUGUUGCUGCCCCUGAGGCACAUUUCUAUGGAUUUCUAUUGGAUUUUUAUCACUGAUUAAACAGCAAGAGCACUUUCUAAACUUAAACUUUACAUGUCAGAAUCCAUCGAUAAGGUCCUGUCUCCUCUGUACAGCACCUUUGUGGAGUCUCUCCUCGUUAUUGUUCUCCGGGCAUCAGGUCCUCACGUUGCACCGGCACAGCCAACGGCACUCCAUUCGCCAGAGCAACAUUGUGCAAAACUGUACCAGCCCAAAUGAUGUCCCACACCCUUUCAGGAGUGUACAACAACGUCCCCGCUGCUGGGCCAAGACAGAGACACCUGCCUUUUAGGAGUCAUACGCAGCGCUCCACAGUGGCGCGUGUGCGUGUAAUGUUAAAACAGCUCUCCUGCUCUGUGGCAGUGUUUCUGGGCAGAGUUAUCAAAUAGGCCUAUUCACUAAGGACGUAACAAAUUUAUUUUAUUUUAUUUUAUUUACGUCUUAAUCUUUAAUGAAAUCUGUCAGAUUGUGCUUAAUGACAGCUUUGAGGUUUGUAUAUCAAUUAUUUUGAGACAGACAUUUGCUGCACUGCAGAUCCACACUGACUCAAACUAGCAUACACGAUAUCAGACCUGUCGUGAGAUUUGGUCGUAGCGUACGCUCACGUGCAGAUUGAUAAAUGCUGAUCCUCACUUCAAAAUUGUCAUACGCAAGGUGUACGCAAGUUUUCUGCCGUACGCAAGCUUGAUAAAUGAGGGCCAUUGUCUGGAUGGCAGCAGAUGUUGCUCCUAAACCUGGAAGCUACCCAUAACAUGGACUCUGAUCCUCCCCAUACCUGCAGUGCUGCCUGAGGGCCUGAAGAUCAGGACCAUCCAGUCUUGGAUUUGGUCCUUGUCUCUAUUGUACAGAGAUUUCUCCAAAUUCUCUGAAUCUUUUAAUGAUAUUGUGAUGAAAUCCACUCAUUCUUUUACAUUUGACACUCAGGAACAUUAUUCUGAAACUGUUAAACUGUUCGCUUAUGCAGUCUCUGACAGAGGAGUGAACCUCUUCCAUCUUUCCUUGUGAGAGACUCAGCCUCUCUGAAUGUCCUUUUCAGACCCAGUCAUGUUACUGACCUGUUGGACAUUUACCUCAGUAGUUUGGAAAUAUUCUCCCUGAUGGUUCUGUACAGGCUUUUUCACAGUGUGUUGUUGGCAUCAUACAAGUAUGUUUUUCAUUUAAUCCAAUUUUCAGUUUCAACAUUUGAAAUGUCAGCUUUGCACCUUUAUCAGUUUAAUGUAGAGGCUAAAUGACUUUAAAACCACGAAAAGCUGUUCUUCUCUACAUAUUUCACUGUAUCCCAACUUUUAUGGGAUUGGGAUUUAUUUUUUAACGGUAAACAACAGGACGUGCUGGCUAUGUUGCUUUUACACAGAGGUUUUUAAGAUAAGAAUCAUGUGUAGGUGUUCAUCUGGUGAUAUGUCAGAAACACAACUUACUUUCUUACUUUGGAAUUAUAAUUUGUUCGAACAGAGACAAAAGUUUGAAGAACCGAGAUGUGCCAUUUACAAAACAUAGCUCUGAGUAAUCACAGACUUUUCAUUGUGAUGAAAAAACAGGAGAAUAGGUUUGAAUCUGAACCUUUACCUACCUGUUUGUCUGCAGGGGGAACAUCCCAGGUGGAGCGGUGCAGGCUGGAGAGGAGCUGUGUCAUUACCUGCCUCCCUUCCCAGCCAAAGGAACAGGUUUCCACCGCUACAUUUACGUCCUCUUCAAGCAGGGGGGACGUAUCGACUUUCAGGAGGACAUUAGACCGUCCCCAUGGUGAGAAAUACAUUUAAAGUACAGACAUGAAGCUACAUUUGUUGUUUUAAAAUGUCACAGGAACAGUAAAUAGUAAUAAUUGAACAAAUUCAGCAUCUAAUACAGUAUUUUUUCACUAUUUUUAAUGAAAGACGCAGUUGAAAUGAUUUGUAAAUCAUCAAAUUGUGUUUUUUUUUUAUCUUUCAGGAUUAAGUGUACAAAAAUGGGCCCUCUUUAAAGCUAUAGUGCAUAACUUAUAUCGCCCCCUAGAGGAUUUCUGCGUUAUUACAAAGAUAUUACCAGCACCUCAAUAUCACGUAUGGCCCAGUGAAACCCGCCCCUCCCCUUCCCACCGCCACCCCUCCACCACCGUGCGCGAUUCAACAACAUUUUUUUUUGCUUAUUUGAAGAAGUUACACAAAGCAACAUGGGCUACACACCUUGUAACUUACUGCUCAUUAGGCUAACGUUACACAAUGUGGUGAACACCAGGCUGCUAACAAUACAUUACAUUCAUAGCACCAUUUCCAAGAAGAUAAUAAAGUACUCGGUCCAGUACAUGUGACAGCAACACAUCCUGUUCAUAAUGAACUGAGUCACUUACUUUUCCAGCAGUAUCACGGCAACAUCGGUGUUGGACCUCAGUCCAAUAUCCUUUUCUAUCAGCGCUUUCCUCCCCCCUCCCUUCUUGUUUUCGGGUAAAACUGAGUAGAACACGUCAUCUCCUGUACGCCAGUGCGGGAAUGUCGCCCUUCGACACCAAAUACAAAAAGAACAAAUCCUGAAAAAUACAGUGAGUUGUUAGAGGAGCUGAACGGCUUCAUCAGUGUUGUAUCAUCUCCUCUUGUAGUGGCUUGGCUGAAACAGAUAUUUACAGACAUGUAGAAGUUACCCACUAUAGCUUUAAAAUACAUGUAUUUAUGAGUCUUCGAACUGAGGUUUCUGGGCCACCUCUCUAAAGGUGUAUGCCCUAAUUUGCCUUUGGUUAAUGUCUGUUUAUGCAUGAUGUGAAGACUCAGCUCAUGUUGGCUCUCCUCCUCAGCCACUCUCUGGUGGAUCGUACUUUUAAGACCGUGGAUUUCUACAGAAAGCACCAGGACAACAUGACACCUGCAGGCCUGGCCUUCUCUCAGAGCCAGUGGGAUGAAUCUGUCACCAACACCUUCCACAACAUAUUCAGUGAGUCAUGCUAGUGCUCAUGUUUGUUCCACUCAUAUUUUAUGAAAACAAAAUUUGUUUCCACAACAUGCAUCCCAAGACAUGUGUCACUUGUCUUAUAGUUCCCUGAAUUAAAUGAUUGCAUAAUAGUCUGUGUUAAAACACUAAAUCCUGUGUUGUGUAUUCUUUCCUUGCAGACAUGAGGGAGCCGGUGUUUGAGUUUAUCCGUCCUCCAGUAUACCACCCCCCACAGGUCAAAUACCCUCAUGGAAAGCCCCUUCGCUACCUGGACAGAUACAGAGAUGAAAAGAAGCACACUUAUGGGAUAUACUGAAGAGAAAACAUUGAUCACAGAACCGCAAAAAUCUCAACUCAUAGGUCCCAUGAAGGGAAAAACACAUUUCUUUAUUUAGGCAGAUGUACUUUACUCAACAACUCUGACAAUAGGGAACUGAAAGAGCCUCUUUAUUGUUCUAGAGCUCACCUACAGGCAAGGGCCAUUUAAAUUUGAGUCUGUGGUGAUAUAACGACAGGAAUGAUUUGUGCAGGCAGGCAUGCAAAACCUCAUUCCACAGGGGAUCUUAUUUUACCCUGCUUUCCUGUAGCUAUCCUAUGACACGGCCAACCACAUGAAGUCACACACACAGAAGACAAUUUUGAAAAUUUAUUUUUUGGAACUUAACUCAAAACCUCACCUAAAAAGACACCUGGAGCAUGUUGUAAACAGCUAAAAUACAAUAAUAUGGGGCCUGUAAUGUGUGAAGUAAUGUUUGCCAUAUUUAUGUUGAAAUAAAUAAAAAUUGUUGUAUUAGAAGAGAUUAUAAGACUUUUUGUAUGUCUGUGUAGUGAUGAGCAUGAUACUUUAAUUAAUGUCAAACCUGUAUUUAUUCGAAAAAGGACACUGAGAUUUUCCUAAUUUCUAAUAUAACUGAGAAUACAGAAUAUUACGAUAAUAAAAUGACUUCAUCACAAAAACUUUAAAACCAGUUGAAUCAAUUGUAAAUUGAAACUCAGUGGUGAGAUAUCAAAGUCCUGCUUUACGUCACAUUCACACCACAUUCACACUGAUGGCAGAGGCUGAUAUGUAAAGAGGCCAUCACUUUUGGAUUAAAUGCCAUUCACACACCUCUGGGCACAGCCAGCAGGGAAGGGUGGAGUCAAGUGUCUUGCCCAAUGAUGCUUAGGCAUGUUGACUGUAGGACCUGGAAUCAAACCCCUAACCCUGCAAUUUUGGGACACCAUGUACAAUUCAGUCACUGCUGCCCUUAAUCCCAUUUUCUGUUGACCUCAUUAAAGACUCCAUUUCUGAAGCUAAAGGGAAGUUUAAAACACCUCAGCCUACUGGACAUUUACUUAUUACGCUUUUCCGCCCCAUUUCCAAUCUACCAUUCCUGUCAAAGAUCUUAGAACAUGCCGUCGCCUCACAACUCACAGCCCACCUCCAAUCCAACAACCUGCUCGAACCGUUCCAAUCAGGAUUCCGCAACAAGCACAGCACAGAAACAGCACUGCUAAAAAUCACAAAUGACCUCCUGCUCACUUCUGACUCUAACCAACUAACCAUCCUCCUCCUCCUGGACCUGUCUGCCGCUUUCGACACCAUCAACCACUCCAUCCUCCUCAACCGUUUAUCAUCUGACCUCCACAUCACUGGCUCUGCACUCUCAUGGAUCUCAUCAUACCUCUCCAACCGUCAACAAUUCAUCCAUAUCAACCAGUGCUCCUCCUCCACCGCCCAGCUCCCCCAAGGUGUACCCCAGGGAUCGGUGCUUGGUCCCCUACUCUUAACCCUCUACCUACUCCCCCUCGGCAAUAUCAUCCGGCAACAUAGACUCAACUUCCACUGCUACGCCAACGACAUCCAGCUAUACAUCUCCUCCCGCUCCAUCUCCUCCACCACCCUUGCCACCGUCACCUCCUGCCUGAAUGCAAUAAAAACCUGGAUGCAUCACAAUUUUCUCAAACUCAACAGUGACAAAUCAGAUCUCAUAGUCAUCGGUCCCAAAACCCUCACCAAAACCACCUCAGACAUCUCCAUCCACGUUAACCAAUCCCAUAUCACCCCCUCUUCACUCGUCCGCAACCUUGGUAUCCAUCUCGACCCCAACCUCACUUUUGACCACCAUAUCUCCCAACUUGCCCAAUCCGCUUUCCUUCACCUGAAAAACAUUGCAAGACUCCGCCCCUUUCUCUCCCCAUCUGCUGCCGAAACCUUAAUACACACUUUCAUUACCACCAGACUGGACUACUGCAAUAGCCUCUUCUACGGUCUCCCCUCCACCACCCUCAACAAACUUCUACACAUUCAGAACUCCGCCGCCAGACUUCUCACUGGCACCCGCCCAUACAACCACAUCACCCCCAUCCUCCGUCAACUCCACUGGCUUCCUGUUGCCCACCGAAUUCAAUUCAAGAUCCUCCUCCUCACCUUUAAGUCCCGCCACGACCUGGCCCCCCCCUACCUGUCUGACCUCAUUGUCCGCCACACCCCGAACCGCCCCUUCCGCUCAGUUGACGCAAACCUCCUCUCACCCCCAGCCAAAAUCAAGCACUGUACCCUGGGGGACCAGGCCUUCAGCGUCUCCGCCCCCACCCUCUGGAACUCCCUCCCUAAACACAUCCGUGAAUGCCUGGACCUCAUCAGCUUCAAAUCUGCCCUCAAAACCCACCUUUUCACACUCGAUUUUAUUACCUGACCCCCCCUGACUCACCAUUAUCUCACCCCUCACAUCUGCCCCUCCCACCUGUAUCCUUUUAUUCUUUUUUUAUUCGAUUUUACCGUAUUUUUAGCUUGUUACUAUUAACCUUUGCCUCAUUGUAUUUUUGUUAUGUUUUUGUAAAGUGUCUUUGAGCUUCUGUAAAAAGCGCUAUACAAAUAAAAUGUAUUAUUAUUAUUA